GAUUAUACAUAAAUGCAUAUCAUGUACAGAUAAUCCCUCCCAAAGAAACAUUUUUAGGGUAGGGCAAACUAUAUAUUAAUCGUCACGAAAUGCAACAUUACAUUAUUUAACUCUGAAAGAGAGAGAGAUUAUUAACAUUUCGUAUAAGAAAGUUUCGCAAUUGAAAAUGGUCGCUUUGAAAUUUUUAACGCCGGAACAGAAGCAAUUUUGGGAGGAUAAUGGUUACAUCAAGUUGAAUAUAUUUUCUACGAAGGAAAUAAACGAAAUAUCAGAUGCCUAUACUGAAUUAUUUGAAAGAAAAUUUCACGAAAAUGUUGAGGGUUUGGAGUCAAGAUGGACCGGACAAGAUAUGAAGAAAUUGGCUGGAAGCAUCGCUGAUGAUUAUACUAUAAAAUCUAUUCACAAUUUGCAAAUGCACAACGACGUUUUUACUCGGACCAUAACGCAUCCGAAAUUAUUGGACGCCCUUGAGGAUAUUAUGGGCACCGAGGAUAUAAUGUUGCAUCAUACCAAGGCGCACUUAAAACCGCCAGAGAAAGGAUCACCUUACUUGAUGCAUCAAGACUAUCCUUAUUUUCCUCACAAGAAACAUACUAUGCUGGCUGUAUUUCUACAUUUGGACGAUACAACGUCGGAAAAUGGUGGUUUGGCGAUAUAUCCCGGCAGUCAUAAACUGGGACCGUUGAAGGAGAUUAAAAAGACCGAUGACUGGGGUGAUCCUAUUUACUAUGUCGAUCCUCAGGAAUAUCCUUUGUCCAAAGCUACUCCCAUAUCUGCCAAAAAGGGUGAAGUUGUCUUCUUCUCUUACCUAACACUUCAUGGUUCGUAUCUGAACUUGUCUAAUAGAACUCGACGCAUGUUUCUCAUACAAGUGAGAGCUGCCGAUGAUGAACCGAUCCAGGACGUGCACAAUUCUCCUUGUCAAGGCUUGAUGCUUCGCGGUAAAAAUAUUUACAAAGACGCAUUGAUGACCAACAGAUAUAAACAUUAAGCGAAUAUAUAAAUAUUUACUUUUCAAUCUGAUUGAAUGAAUGAAGAAUAUUUUUAACUAAAUUUUAAUAUGUAUAAGAUUGUACAUUCAAUUAUUUUUCUAUUCAACGAUUUUCCUAUUGCUAUAUCCUUCCUUGUUUUCUGAAACUUCAUUUUAAUCUCACUGAAUCUCAAAGAUUUUUCUGAAAUCAUUGACUAAUGUAUAUAUCAAAUUAUUUUAAUAAAGUAUCUCUAUCUUUAACACAUAAACUACAUUGCACUCACCCAUUGCAAUAUAAAGCACUUCCUUCAAAAGUAAUUAAUACAUGUAAUUGUCACGCUCUCUUGUAUUUUGCCACUAAAGUGGAAGUAUUGUCAAAUGUUUUGUAUUUCUUUCCAUUUUACACGUUACGUAUAAUAUCACAACUGCGAGGAAAAAAUUAAAGAGCAGCGUGAGAGACGAUUUUCGAUGAAAGUCCAUGUAAAUAUUGAUUGUUUUCAGUUUUUUCAGAUAUUUUUUUAACAAAUACAUAGUUGUGUCUAUUUUUAUUGUUAUUGUUAUUUGCAUUGUGACGCUUUUUUCAUACAUGGAGAACAAUUAAACGCUUUUGCAAGAGAAAAAAAAAGACUGAGUUAAAAUCUGCAGUGAUUUAGCAACAAUAUUGUUCACGUUAUUUAAUUGAACGGUGACAUAGAGAAUGUUUGUUCCGGAUAGCGAAUAAGAAUAUAUAACUUGCCCAACAAGAGAAAAAUAUAUAUUUUACUGAAGAAUACAAAUAGAGAUUGCGAAAAAAUAAAUACAGAGAUACAUCCAUAAUAUAUCGAAUAACGACGAAUGUAUAGACAAUAAAGGAAAAAAAAAA